AAGUCUCUGUUUUGGCUUUUUGCUCUUUGGUCGCUCCUCUUUCUCUUCUAUCUCCUGUCCUGGUUGCUCUGAUUUCACUCUAACUGUGGGAGUCUGGGAGAUCUUCGACAGUGGGGUUCAUGGGUGAGAUGGAUCGGAUGGAAAAGGUGGAGUUUAGAGAGAUAUUUUACCUUCAAUGCUUCCAUUAGGAUAAAAAAAGAGACAGAUUAGAACUUCAAUGAAUCAUUAUCUGAGGAUAUGGAUAUGAUGAGCGAGAACAAGAAGUGCUGUCUCGAUUGCAAGACUACAAAGACCCCAUUGUGGAGAGGUGGGCCUGCUGGGCCCAAGUCAUUGUGUAACGCCUGUGGGAUCAGAUACAGGAAAAGGAGGAUUGCUAUGGUGGGUUUGAGCGUCGGAUCAUACAGGAAAAGAGACAGGACACAUGAUCAUGGUACUUGUGCUGCCACCGCCACAACCGCGACGUCUGCUAUAACUGUUGGUAAUGGAGGCAGAGACCUGAGCAUGUCCUUGAAAACAAAGUUAAUGGCAUUGGGUAAGGAUUUGUUGUUGCAAAGGUCACCAUCAGUGAUGAAGAAACAGAGGUGGCAGAGGAGGAGGAAGCUGAAGGAGGAGGAACAAGCAGCUGUGUCUUUGAUGGCCCUAUCCAGUGGCUCUGUUUUUGCUUAACGGAACAAGAGCAGAGGGAAUAACAUAAAAAGAAAAAAGGCCCUUAACCAACCAACGCAUAUAAUACCUUUUGGUGUCGUUUUAGCUUUUACUUUUUUCCUUGGUUUUCUUUCAAUAUUCAUGGAAGGAAGAGAAGCCCCUUGUUCAUCCUAUUUGGGCUUUUAAUAUAUUUACAUUAUAUAUGAAAAAGUAGAAUGAAAGGGAUAGUCAGGGAAAAUACAGGGUGAUGAUUGAUGGAAUGGCAUUCCCUGCUUUUGUUA